GUAAGGAACGCAGUAGUCUCCACAACGUAUCAACCUUAGUCUCACAUCAGUCCCUCUCUGUCUCACACCUUCACUCUCCGACAAUGGCUGCUCUUCCCAUCUCCCGCCUCCUCUCAAGCCCCACCCACCGCCCCAAAACACUCGCAAACCACCCGCUCUCCCAAAACCCAACCGCCAAUAUCACCAUUUCUCCGUUCAAAGCAGCGGCAAAACCCAUAAGUCGCCACCAGCUGCGAGCCGCCUUCUCCCAGAACCCGGCGGAAAGCGGCGUCCGGGACCCACAGUCGACGACGUUCGAGCACUGCUUCUCCAAGUCCCGGGAUGGGUUCCUGUACUGCGAGGACGUCAAGGUCCAGGACGUCAUGGACAGCGUCGAGAGAAGGCCCUUUUACCUCUACAGCAAGAAGCAGAUCACGAGGAAUGUGAAGGCCUAUAGGGACGCGUUGGAGGGUUUGGAGGGCGCGGUCAUUGGGUACGCGAUCAAGGCGAACAAUAACUUUAAGAUUUUGGAGCAUUUGAGAGGGUUGGGCUGUGGGGCUGUGUUGGUCAGUGGUAAUGAGCUGAGGUUGGCCCUUUGUGCUGGGUUCGAUCCCACCAGAUGCAUUUUUAACGGAAACGGAAAACUCUUGGAAGAUUUGGUUCUAGCAGCACAAGAAGGUGUCUUUGUCAACGUUGACAGCGAAUUCGACUUGGAGAACUUAGUUGCAGCUGCAAGGAUAGCUGACAAGAAGGUUAAUAUCCUUCUUCGUAUUAAUCCAGAUGUGGAUCCUCAGGUCCAUCCAUAUGUAGCCACGGGAAACAAAAACUCUAAGUUUGGCAUUAGGAACGAGAAGCUGCAGUGGUUUCUUGAUGCUGUAAAAUCACAUCCAAAUGAGCUGAAGCUUGUGGGAGCCCAUUGCCAUCUUGGUUCCACAAUUACCAAGGUUGACAUAUUCAGAGAUGCUGCAGUGCUCAUGGUAAAUUAUAUUAACGUAAUCCGUGAACAAGGAUUUGAGGUUAAUUAUUUGAAUAUUGGAGGUGGUCUUGGAAUAGAUUAUUACCACACCGGUGCUGCCCUUCCUACACCCAGAGAUCUCAUUGACACAGUCCGUGAACUGGUCCUUUCACGGAAUCUCAAGCUCAUUAUUGAACCAGGACGAUCGCUAAUCGCAAAUACUUGCUGUUUGGUUAAUCGCGUAAUUGGAGUUAAAACUAAUGGAACAAAGAAUUUCAUUGUUAUAGAUGGUAGCAUGGCAGAACUUAUCCGUCCGAGCCUUUAUGGUGCAUAUCAGCACAUAGAGUUGAUCUCUCCUACACCACCCGAUGCUGAUGUUUUGACCUUCGAUGUGGUGGGUCCUGUGUGCGAGUCUGCAGAUUUCUUGGGGAAGGACAGAGACCUUCCAACACCCACUAAGGGAGCCGGCCUUGUUGUCCAUGAUGCAGGUGCAUACUGCAUGAGCAUGGCCUCGACUUACAAUCUCAAGAUGCGGCCCCCCGAGUACUGGGUUGAAGAAGAUGGGUCGAUCCGCACAAUCCGUCAUGGCGAGACUUUUGAAGACCAUUUGCGGUUCUUCGAGGGCCUCUGAACUCAACGUUCACGAA